AUGGGUUCUAUUUACACUAGUUUGUUUUCUGGAUGGUGCUUCACUAAUAACAACCCUUGGAUUGAUAAAGGUAGAAUAAUAAUUGCUUGGAACCCGAGAGUGUUUUCUCUGGAUUUCAGGGAUCAGCUAUGGAAAGAUUUACAAGAAUUGGCCGUAGCUAUAACUGAUCCUUGGCUGGUGAUAGGGGAUUUUAAUGAGAUUAUCUCACUACAUGAAAGAAUAGGCAAAAAGGUUACUACUAAGCUCUCUAGCAAAUUUAUGGACUGCUUGACAUCUUGUCAUCUGGAGGACUUAAAAUUUUCAGGUUGCUUCUAUACGUGGAAUAACAAGCAGAGAGCAGAGGAGAAGAUCUAUUCAAAGAUUGAUAGGGCCUUAGUUAAUUCACAAUGGACAGACUAUUUUCCUAACUCAGAAGCUGUGUUUCUACCGGAAGGGAUCUUCGAUCAUAGUCCAAUUCUUGUUCAUUUUGCCUUGGAGUUGAAAAUGGAGAAGAAGCCAUUUAGAUACUUUCGGAUGUGGAAAGAAGCAACAUGUUAUGAAGACAAGGUUCAGACCAGUUGGAACAUACCAGUUGCUGGUACUGCAAUGUUUCAAGUGAUGUCUAAACUGAAAAGACUGAAACAGGUGUUAGUGAGUAUAAAUAGAGAGGGUUUUUCUGAUAUACAACAGACAGAAUUUAAGGCAAGUCUCUUAUUGAAGGAGCUUCAGGAAAAAUUGUAG